AUGGCCCAACGUUGCCAUCGAUUCGCAGCCGUAACCAGCAGCCGCGAGACUUUCAAGCCCUUCAGCGCUUCGUCCUUACUCCCAUCCGCUGUUUCAAAAACGACCACCACUAAGGAGAGUUCGCCCGCCGGAGCCGACCCGCAAGUUGCGCCGGCCAUGAACGAAAGACCGGCACUGGUCUAUCCUCCGGAGACGAGGACUAUGGCGUAUCACGUGUCCUGA